AUCGCUAGUACUUAUGAGUCGUGCCGACCCAAAUUAUGGUCAGUUCCGACGCAGUCUUGUAAACGUGAGUAGACGCUCUUUCUUUAAAUCCUCUGGCACCCUUCAACGGCGGGGCAUGUGCUAAGAUGAUCGGUUUUCCUUUCUUAUUCUUCCAAACAGGGAGUUCUGAGCCUGGAGGUUCCAUUACUUGACGAACCGGCCGGUGAAACUGGAUAUCACCUAAAUACCACUACUCAUGGAUCCGGGAGCACUAUUCUCGGUGAAUUCUCCUUGAACAAUUUCUCGAAUAUCUCUACACCCUACGACUCGAUAAAACAUGAGGAGCUUUUCUCAAGUGCCCCAGAAACACUCUCAAAUCCGGAAAACGAAAUAUCGAGAUAUCUCACACCCGGGCCCUAUACUGCUUCGAAAUCCACAGCAUCGAAUUCUAAUACUCUCGCUCGCACUCCUUUGCCCUCAUUUGAGUCAUAUGUUGAGCACGGAAAACAUGGGACCUCUACUAGCUCAAAGAGAUGUAGAGAGACCGCAGGGAAAAGUAGUAGCCAGCAAGGCCCCGCACAGAAGCGGGCCAGAAAAAACCGUGCAGCCUCUGCCGUACGAAGCAAUAGCGGCAGGGACGCUGGAGGUGGAGGGGACGAGGAUGAGGAGGAUGAGGAGGAGGAUGAGGAUGACGAGGACGAUGAGGAAAGUGACGAAGACGAUGGACAUCUUAUGAACUCUGGUUCAAAGGAGCAACGUGCCCUCCCGUGUCCCAUGCCCAGCUGUGAAGGCAAGGACAAGCUAUUUGAAACUUGGAAUAACCUCAUGUGAGCCACUUUUCCCCUCCUGGGUGAUUCCUGAGUUUUGCUCACGCUCUAUGGUAUAGCCAACACCUGCAGAAUACCCACAUUAAGGGGUUUAGUAUUUGUGAGCGGGGUUGCGGGCAGCGCUUUGGGCUCUCGAGCCAGUAUACUCGCCAUGUCUUCAAACGUAAAAAAGAUUGCAGACCGCUACCAUCGAGUGGUCUCCCUCGGAGGAUACCUGCGCUGGCCUUAGAUUUCAAUCAUGCCGUUGGAAAGGUGAAGGGCCAAGAUUACGCAAGACUGAAGCGAGUCAUCGCGGAGCACGAGUACUAUGAUCUGGAAGGUAUUUAUAUACACAAUAUCUUGGAGAGCACCUUUUCAUCCUUGCUGACCUGGAUCGAGAUCCUGAUCAUUCUGCUCAUCGUUUAGAACCUCCUAGUCAUGGUGCGAGCAGCCGGGGCUCCCAUCAGUACAAUCUGCAAGGGCAACAGGUGCUAGAUUGGGCAGAUAAAGUCAUCAGGCUGGUUACAGAGCACCAUAGGACUUGCCAGAUGCAUCCUCAUACUUAUCCGCCGUCCAGUGGCCCUGCCCCGACAGACGCUCAGCUUAGCGGUUCAUCGGGGUUCAUCGGAAGCCGGCAGACUUCACAAAAUCCGAUAGAACCUGCGAUACCAUCACCGCUCAAUCAACCCACUGCUCGUCGACCUGGGGCAUAUGGUGCGCAGCCCUCGGCUGCUGCUACAUAUCUUCCGGGUUUUCAGAAUGGAUCUAGUGCUAGUCUACCAGGAAACUACCGCUCCUCCAACCGUUUUACAUCGCAACCAGGUCAGGGUACCCAGGGUGGGGGUUUUGCGCGACCGAGCGCCGGCAGUAAGAAACCUCUCGAGAAAUCUUCUUUCAUCACCUAUUCUAACCUUUCUCUGCAGACUACUAUCCAGUGAUGGAAAGUGAUUACAUGAGCCAGUAUCCAACCCAUGCCAGCAGUUAUAUCGAUAACAAUGUCCGUUCAAACCGCACGGCCCCGCCAUCGGAGCUAGGCCCUAGCCCUUUGGCACCGGCACCUGGGUACCCCCUUCCGAGUGCUACCUAUGGAAGCGGAACUGGCAAUGCUCCUCGUUUUAAUAGGGGGUCUUAAUGUAUGAAACUCUCUCUUUUUUUUUUUCGGUGAAUACUUCAACAGCCUGUCUCUGACUACGGGGUCAACUAAAGCCAGUCUAAAUGGUAGUCAUUAAAGAACCGGCAAAUUAUUCGGCCAUUCCACAUUCGCUUUUAUCGCGCUCCCCUUUGUAAUUCCCUUACGCCUAAACGAUUUACGAUUUGGCCCCUUUAUUAACGAUUUCCUUCACCCGUGGACCAUAUGGUAUGUGUUCCUACCUUUCGCUCCCUGAUUCUACGGUAGGAAACCACCCUCCUUUUUUGGCAUAAAGUUGCCUUUUGCUUUGGUGGUUGGGAACCAAAGUUCCUUUAUUGUCUUCCUUUCCCUUUUCCUCAUCCUUUUCCUUUGUUGCGUGUCCCGGCUGGCGAUGGCAAAGGGGUCAGGCUGGUGGAGUUGGGUACACUCCUUGCUUUCGGACAACGGCGGAAAGGGCAUAGAUCUUUCACAAAUCUCGGGGAAAAAAAGGAUAGGUAUAGACAGGUAGAGGAGCGCUCUAUUAAAGGAAAAGCAAAGCGUCCAUACGACUUUCUGAAGCUCGCGGAUCUUUCGUUAUGCCCCUCGUUUUUCAUUCAAUGUUUCUUGUAUGUAUUAUAGUCUGAGAAAAUGAGAAAACAUGUACAUGGUAAACCUCACUCGCCGUGCCCGGGUGGACCACCGUAUCUCCAACUCUCUCCGGCGAGGAAACCUUUUCAGUCCCGCAGUCUACCCAUACUCGGGUAGUCUACCAUUCACAGAUGGGCCUGGGGAGCCAGCAGACACUUGCAU